AUGGAUUCAAUUGAUCCUUCUAAGGGCAUGAGCACGCUUGACGCGACCAUGGAAGAUAGCUGCGGUGACCGACCUAAAGCACCGCGGAAGAAAAUGGGGCCCGUAGAGAAGGAGGCAUCUGUGCACGAAGAAAUGAAGAGGAUGCAGAAGCUGCCUACAAACAGUACUUAUGUCACUCAUCGGUUGCGGGUUCUCAACAAAAUUCUGCAGCUUUUGUCCAUUCAGAGCAUGAUAUGCUGUGUUUUGUGUAUGAUUCUGAUUAGAAGUAGAAGAGAAAUGAAUUUUAUACCAGUAUUUGACACUAUUUUGCUGUUCCUCUUGCUCCCUUGUAUAUCAGAGAACUGCAUCACAAGAACAGGAGUUGGAGUUGCUUUUUGCUGGGCUUUCUAUGUGAACCCAACCAACCUUUUUCAGGCAGUGAAUCUCCCGUCAUGGAUAUCUGUAUUUUUGGAAACCUGGGUUCAGAUCUGUUCCGUUACGCACUGA